UGCCACUCGUCCUCCCUCUCUUCCUCCCUCCCUUCUUCUCUGAAGUUGCACAUGGUUUCUGUCUGAGGAGGGCCAGUUUUCUCAGGCUCUGGAUGGGAGAGGGAUGAUGCCAGACAGCUGCAGGCAAACACACAUGUUCAAAACUUAGAGGAACUUUGUCCAUUUUAAUUUAGCACUUACAGACUUAGAGGAACACUUGAAAUAACCUCUGUUUACUUUUGCCCAAUGGGCUGACAUUCAGCGUGGCUGAAUCCUGAGGUGUUCCUCUCCAUUUUUAAAUCUGUGGAAGACAAUUUUGGGACUUUCUUCUUUCUUGGGAAAUUUGGAGACAACUGGAAAAUGUUACACGAAUGAUUUUGCUGACACCUCGAAGGUAAAUUGCUGACUACAUUUGCUAUUCCUGGACACGCUUUGUGGAAAAAGACUGCAGCAUCACCACCAUCAUCAAGCUGAGCUUCAGCAAAUUGGACAAGUUUUUUUAUACAGGAUUCUUGAGCCAGGAAUCAUGAAAGAUAACUAUGGUGGAUAUGAGAACCAGCUUUUCAAAGAGGAGGACUUCACUGGAGAGGAAGAGGAAAUGCCUUCAUUUAGAGGUCGCACCAGAGGUGGCUGUGUGAGGUGCCAGCAGAGCCAUUCUCUCCAACUGGCUGUCAAAGUCCUCUAUGGAUUCGUUGUAUUCCUCAUCAUCACAGUGGCAGUGCUGGCAUCACUUGUGUUCAGGAAGGUUGACAGCCUGUCCGAAGAGGAGUCCAUCUACCACAAGAAGAUCACCAGAGUUCAACAGGGAAUAGACGAUCUGAGCUCCACCUCUAACUGUUCGGGCUGUCUUGAUGUGACUCUGUACAGUGAAGAGAUCAGCAGGCUGAAGAGAGAGUUUGAAGACAUCCAGAGAAUGAUACUGGGACAAGAGCAGGUCCUGGACCAGGCCUCCCAGGCCCAGGCCACUCUAAGGACCACCAGCAACCGGCUGAUGCGCGACAUGCAAAACCACCUCAUGUCGAUCAAGCUGCUCAACCAGUCCCUGGAAAGAUACAUGGAUCGGUUGGAGGGCUGGAAGGACGUGAUCGAGGAAACUGAGGAGAAGAUGAAGACUCUGACAGAGGAUCAGUACGACAUCAAAGCCACAGCGCAGCAAGUUAACACCACAGUGGCUCUCAGUACGAUGUGGAUAGAUGCCCUGCAGAGGAAAGCAGAUGAGGAGACUCUGGUCCUCCAGAAGCUGACCAGCGACUGGCAGAACUACAGCCGAGUCCUGAGCGCCAUCAAAUCCAACACAAGCAGCACCACCCAAACUGUGCGCCUCCUCCAAAACAACAUCAUAGCAGAUCACCAGAGGAUCGCCAUGUCCACCGAGGUGUACUAUGACCUAACUCAGCAGGUGAUGAACCUGCAGAUGCAGCUCGACAAUGUGACGUCUUUCAUGGAUGAACACGAGGAGAACAUGCAUGACCUUCACUACCAUUCCAGGUACUACGAGAACCGAACAGGUGAACGUUUCUCUGCUUUGGAUGGUCGUCUGAACUCCAUCGAGAUGGAGAUCGACACGGUCUCCUCCAGCAUCAACGCCACCGUCAGCCACGUCCAGAGCAUGUACAAAUACAUCAACAUCGAGAGCUCGUCCUGCCAGAGCCGCAUGGGCAGACACACAGAGGAUCUACAGAACCUGAACAACACAGUCUUGUUGCUCCUCCACUUAGCCGACACGCUGAGGCAGCAGAAUAUGUUGUUAAAUGUCCGACUGGAUGUGGAUGUCAGGAACCUGUCCAUGGUGAUGGAGGAGAUGAAGCUGGUGGACGUUCACCAUACUCAGCUCAUUAAGAACUUCACUAUACUAAAAGGUGCUCCUGGACGCCCGGGGCCUAAAGGGAACCGUGGUGAAACCGGUCCAAAGGGGCCCAUGGGACUGACUGGGAGCAAAGGUGACCGGGGCCCCUUAGGAAGCCGUGGAUCCGCCGGAGAGAAGGGGUCUCUUGGGCCCAAAGGAGCACAGGGUGAACCAGGCCCCAGUGGCAAUAGAGGGGCAGUAGGGAUCAAGGGAGCUAAAGGGUCUUUCGGCACACCAGGGCCACGUGGUGAGAGGGGCCAGAAAGGUGACAUGGGCCCCUCCGGUAAAGAUGGACUCCCAGGACCUUCAGGGCCUCCGGGGAUCAUGGGUCAGGCAGGGCUACCGGGCAUCAUUGGGCCAACAGGACCGAGGGGAAAACCAGGGCCAGCAGGGCCACCUGGACCACCAGGAACCCCUGGACCUCCAGGGUUGCCGUACCCCCAUUACCAAAUCAACACCCAGCAGCAGACUGUGACGCCUGCUACUGGGUCCAAGAGGCAGUAGAGAGAUGGACAGAAACAAAGACUAGAGGUGACAUGUCCAGUACAAAGACACUAAAGAAUCUGAUAUGAACUGAUGUAAUGUCAUCCAUUGUGACUGGAGACGCAAUAAUCCAUUUGUACCGGAUUGUCUAAGACAAUGGAUAACUUUAUGAAGAAAUGCCACAAAUUGAACUGGAGAUGGGGUUUGAAAGGAGGCAUUCCCCUGAUGAAAUAACAUGGCCACAAGAAAUGAACCAAGAACUGAUGCCGCAGACUAUAUUACAGACUAUUAUAUUGUUGUGGUCUUCAUACAACACAUGGAUCUCAUACUGUAACUAAUGUUGAUAGGUCUUUUCUUGUAUAAGACCCAAAUACAACAGACCUUCCCCUCUGUUAGUCCAUAUACAAAUAACAAGUACAGAAUAAGUUUUUACCAGGAAAAAAAAACUUACCCUAGAUGAUUAGGGUUAAUAGGAAUAAAAACAAAUCCACUAUUGAGUUUAAAGUCUUGCCUAGUUGAAUGUACUGGAAGUAAAGAAUGUGUUUGAGGUUGUUGUCAAGCCACCAAAACCUAAUGGGGUAUAACAGGGGUUGUUAACCACAGAUUUGGACUAAAGUGGUGUUUUCCCAUGCAAACUACUCUAAAGUUGACAUUCCCAUACACUGCUAUAUGGGCACAGAAAGAAAUUUACACAUUGACACAUCCUUUUCUGGUGAAUAGCACUUUAUAUAUUCUUAAAGUGUAAAAAAAAUAAGGUCACUUUGCUUAUAUUUUGGUUAUUCAGAGCAGGUACUCUGAGGACUUUGUUCAUGUACUGGGCAAAACUGUAAUUUUAUGAUCUGUGUUUGACGAAGUAAAGUAGCAGAAUGGAGUAUGGAGCUGGAGCCAGGAGGUGCUUAGCCUAGCUUAGCAUAAAGACUGGAAGCAGAGGGAGACAGCUGGCCUGACUCUGCCUAAAUCUCACUACUUUACAUGUUGUGUUGAAUUUGUUUCAUCUGUACAUAAACAGAAAUGUACAUUAUAGAGAGUCAGGCUAUCUGUUUCCCUCUGCUUCCAGUAUUUAUGCUAAGCUAAGCUAAUCGCUACUCUAAUGUCGGUGAAUAAAGUGCUAAGCUAGAGCUUUGUACUUUAUUCACCGACAUUAGAGAGGUAUCAAUCUUUGCAUCCAACUUCACAAAAUGUUGAACUAUUCCUUUAACUGGUGUGAACGCUAGAGGGUUAAUGACACUUAUUCAACACAUAAAAAACCAUGUUGGUACCAAAGUAGCAGUCAAUCAAUUUGUUUUCCUGCAGCCAAAAUGUUGGGCUUUUUUGGGUUUUUUUUUUACAGUUUCUACUAUAAACCAUUGUGAAAGCAGAGAAAUGACUUUGGAGAGUUUUUGAGUCUUAUGAUACACACAUAGAUAAUCAUUUAUAUCUCAUAAAAAAAAGCUUUUCUAAAAGGGAGACAUUAUUUUUGUAAACCUGUGUGUUGUAAUGAAAUGCGACUGGCUUGCAUCGAACUUCAAUAAAUGCUUUUUUUGAACAGU